GCAGUCUGUGUUUACCACUGAGCAGCUGUCAUGGCUGCCUGGCUGUCACGGAGAGCCCUGUCUGGCAGCCGGCAGCUGCUGCGGUUCUCCGUUUCUGAAGGCCACGUCUGCUCCAGAGGGGUGGCAAGGACCUCCUCUCUCCUGCAGGACAAGCUGAGGACAGUGGAGGACCUCCCUCGUGUCAGCGCCCUGGAGAUGCUUUACAGGAUCCUAUUCCAGGGUUACUACCAUUGUCUGCACGAGCUGCAGGUCUACGAGAAGCAGCUGUAUGGACCCAUCUACAUAAAUGGACGUAAGGCGGUGUCUGUGACCACCGCUCAGCUGCUGGAGGAGCUGAUGAGGCAGGAUGACAAGUUUCCCACCAGAGGAGACGUGUCUCUGUGGACGGAGUACCGCGAGAUGAGAGGAUUAGGCUACGGCCCGUUGACAGAGGAAGGAGAACGCUGGUACAACCUGAGGGCGGUUCUCAACAAGCGGAUGCUCCAUCCCAGGGAUUCUGCUCAGUACUCUGGGGUGAUCAACGACGUGGUUUCAGACUUCGUAAAAAGGAUCAAACAUCUACGUCGAGCCAGCCCAACAGGGGAUCUCGUCACUGACGUUUCUAAUAGGUUUUACCUAUUUUCAUUGGAAGGCAUUGCGUCCAUACUGUUUGAGACGAGGCUCGGCUGUCUGACAGGGGAGAUUCCUGCUGGGACCCAAAAAUUCAUUAACUCCAUCUCUCAGAUGUUCUCCAGCAGCAUAGGUGUGGCAAUAUUUCCGAAAUGGAGCCGCAAUCUGCUUCCCUACUGGAAGCGCUACAUCACCAGCUGGGAUGGCAUCUUCGGUUUUGCUAAAACUUUGAUCGACAAUAAGCUGGAGGACAUUGAGCAGCGAGUGGAAAACAGCCAGAAUGUGGAGAGUGAAUACCUAACAUACCUCCUGUCAAACACCAAGAUAAGCACCAAAGAUGUCUACGCCAGCGUCACGGAGCUUCUCUUAGCCGGAGUGGACACGACCUCCAACACCCUCACAUGGGCUUUGUACCAGCUGUCCAAGAACCCAGAAGUCCAGGACAGACUUUAUGAAGAAGUUUCCACGCUGGUACCGGCAGACCGAAUCCCCUCUGCUGCUGAAGUCACUCGGAUGCCGUUUUUACGAGCUGUGAUCAAGGAAACUCUCAGGAUGUACCCUGUGGUUUCUAUAAAUUCAAGGAUCAUCAAUGAAAAGCCUAUUUCUGUUGGUGGAUAUCUUUUUCCAAAGAAGACUUGCUUCACACUCUGCCACUACGCCAUCAGUCAUGAUGAGAACAUCUUCCCAGAACCGUUCAGAUUCAAGCCGGAGAGGUGGCUCCGUGACGGCCGCCCGAGGCCAAACCCCUUUGGCUCCAUCCCGUUUGGCCACGGAGUUCGAGGCUGCGUUGGCCGCAGGAUUGCAGAACUCGAGAUGUAUUUAGUUCUGUUUCGACUUAUUCGGGAGUUUGAAAUCAAACCCAACCCUCCCAUGGACGAGCUAAAGAUCUUCAGUCGGUCGGUUUUGGUUCCUAACAAGCAACUGGACCUGCACUUUGUGGACAGAGGAUGAGCAAACACAGCUUGAUUCUGUCAAAAGUUGGCCAAUAAAGAACUGUUUGUGUGUUUUAA